CCCUUUCUCUCCUCACCCGAUCGCCGCUGCUCCCUUCAGUCGCUACCGCUGCCGGCCAUUGCCUGCGCCUUCCCCUCUUCCCCAUCCAAGCCGCCUGCGCCUUCCCCUCUUCCCCAUCACAAGCCGCCAGUGGCCGACGCCUUCCCCAUCUUAAGUCGCCGACGCCUUCCCCCCUUCCCAUUGCAAGAUGUAGUCCACCUCCGCACCAUCGGCGUCAUCCCACUGACGAGGACGCCUCCGUUGUCGCUGCCCGCCAACGAGGAUCCUUCUGCUGUCGUCGCCGGCCGCCCGCCGUCCGCCGACGAGGAUGCUGUCUCCGCUGUUCCAGUUGGGUGUGAAAUCGUUUGUAACGUGAAUCGAUACGAUUUCAUCGAUUCUAUACGAUUUCAACGAGUUUGUUUCGAUUCUACUGCAAACUUCGAUCUCAAUCGAUCCCGGAUCGAUUCACUGCUUCCGGAUCGUAGGAUCACGAUCCUGAUGGUGUGUGUAUAUAUAUAUAUCACUCUCUUGUAAAAUCGAUUCAAACUUGUUGGACCUUAUCCUUGUCCAUAUCAAGUAACGAGCAAAACCACACAAAUAUGAAAUACAUAGCACCCAUCCCUAAAAUUGCCCACCCGCUUUUCUCUCGGAGAUGGCCACCGUUGCGCUGCAAUCGCCGCCUUCGAUGCUCCGCAGCCGCCGCUCCUUGACCUGCUUCCGUCCGCCUUCAGCGAGGCAGCACCUCAGUAAUCGCGUCCGAAGCUCCGCCGAUGCCGGGUCGGAUCUUGUGGCGGAGAAGGACACAGCGUCGUCUCUUUCCGAAGAUAGGCCUGUGGGAACUCAGAAACGGUCCUCAUCUCUCAUCUCCGCCGCAAACGUCCAGAAGGCUAUUAGAGGCCUCGCGAUAACUGACGCGGACCAUUACGGAAGGCUUGGCAUCAGUAGGAAGUCAUCCUAUGAUCAGAUUAAGGUUGCAUAUGAAAACAAGUGCGAGGAGUUGAUGAAUAAAGGAUUGGACGAAGCAGAAAAAAUGGAAGAACUAGAACUUUUGAAGGAAUCAUAUGAUAUACUAUCAUCUGAAGAGGAAAGAAGGCUAUAUGACUGGAGUUUGGUUAGAAGUGAGAAACCAGAUAGAUAUGUGUGGCCAUUCGAGGUAGACAGAAUUAAACUUUCAACAGAACCACCUCCAGCACAGGAGCCCGAAGAUGUUGGUCCUACAAGGCUUGUUGGAUAUUUUUUCUUAGCAUGGUUGAUUCUGUCUGUUGCUUUAUCUGUAACCAUCAACAGAUGAGAUAAGCCUUCCUUCAUUGUAUUGAAAAACAUGCUAGUUACAUUCAACAAACGCAGUUCCUUAAAAUAUGAGAUUAAUGUAUCUUCACUGUAUCAAUGAAAGGUUUGUUUUUUCUUGGAAAA